GCAGGGGGGGCGGGGCGGGCCGAGGCGCCCGGGCGAGCGGUCUGUCCUCCCGGCGUCCCGCCGCCCUCGCCCCCGGCCGGUCCGCCCAGCAUCCCGCCGCCCGCUCCCGCCCGCGGUCUCAUUUGCCGCCGUCCUGCGCGUGACCCGGCGCGGGGUGCGCCGCGCGGCCCCAUGUGCCCCCUCCUGCUCGCAGUCGCCGUGCCCCGAACCCCGCUCCUCUCGCUCCUGCUCCUCCGCAGCGGGCUCGCCGCCAUGUCUACCGCGGGGCCCCUCAAAUCCGUGGACUACGAGGUGUUCGGGAGAGUGCAGGGUGUCUGCUUCAGAAUGUACACAGAAGGUGAGGCUAAGAAAAUAGGAGUGGUUGGCUGGGUGAAGAAUACCAACAAAGGCACUGUUACAGGUCAAGUGCAAGGCCCUGAAGAGAAAGUCAACUCCAUGAAGUCCUGGCUGAGCAAGGUUGGAAGUCCCAGUUCUCGCAUUGACCGCACGGAUUUUUCUAAUGAAAAAACCAUCUCUAAACUUGAAUAUUCUAAUUUUAGUAUUCGAUACUAAUAGAAAUGAUAAUAUAUAGACUGCAUUAUAGACACUACAUAUUCUUAUGUAGUAGGGUAAUAGUAGCAGAGUAGUAAGAAAAGGAACUCUGUUCUGAAAGCUACAUUAUACAGAUUACUAAAAAUGACACUGAAAUAGUUUUACUCAGCUGUUUUUCACUAAUGCAAAAAUUAGUAUCUAAAAUAAAAAUGUCAUUAUAAAAUA